AUGGCCACGAAGCUCUUCGACUCUUCCAAGCUGCAAGCCUUUGGCAACGCCGCCGCCGGACACGACGGCGUUCUCAGCGAUGAAUCCGGUGCCGUAGUAGUAAAGCCGUGCACAGCUGCUGAAAUUACUUUCUACGAGACCGUGGCCACGUCACAUCCUGACCUCCUCCCACAUUUACCCAUCUUCAUGGGCCAGCUAUCUCUCGACUCCACAGCCGACGCCUCCGAAGACACCGGGACCUUUGCGACCGCCGAUGGCGCAAUCGAGCGCCUCCACGGCAAAAAGCUCAGCACAGAUCUACACAUCGUGCUCGAGAACAUUACACACGGGUUCAAGAAGCCGAACGUCCUGGACCUGAAGCUUGGCGCGCAGCUGUGGGACGACAAUGCAAAGCCAGAGAAGCGCGCACGACUCGACAAAGUGAGCGCCGAGACAACAAGCGGAAGUCUAGGCUUCAGGAUAGCGGGCAUGCGAACGUGGAUGGGGGUCUCCCCGCCUGACGUGCCUGAAGAGCUGAAGGAGUAUGUCGAGCUGGAGAAAGAGAGCGGUUACUGGGUGCACAACAAGAUGUAUGGGCGCAAGUUCAGCGCCGACGACAUCGAUGAGGGGUUCAACGCCUUCUUUCCCCGAAAGACAGACGCCGAGAUCGCGAGGGCGCGAGAGCUGCUUGCGUACUUCCUCGGUGAAGUCAAGGACAUCCAAGAGGCUUUUGAGGCCAAAGAGAGCAGGAUGUACAGUGCGAGUAUACUGCUGGUAUACGAGGGCGAUGUCGACGAGUACGAGAACACAAAGAAGGUGCUGAGAUCUGCACGGCCAGAAACAGAAGACGAGGAUGAGGACGAAAACGUGCCGAAGUUGGCGGCAGUCAAGUUGAUCGAUUUUGCACAUGCAACGUUUGUGCCCGGGCAAGGGCCCGAUGAAAACGCGCUCAAGGGCAUGAGGAGCACAGCAACCAUCUUGAAGCGCUUGUUGGACAAGGCUGAGCAGGAUGCUUGA